AUAGACGAGAAUGAUACGAAACUGGGAAAUAAGAAACACUUAAAUCUCAUCUUUGAUCUUCCCAAUCUUUACACGCAGUAAUCCGCCAUAAUCGUAACUCUGUGCUUCUCCCUCUCUGAAACAGGUUGCUUUGCUUGUGAUUCAGUCUACGAAAUCAUUUGAUCUGCUAGUUGGAGAAUUUAUUCUGAAUAGACACGAUGGUUGGUCUGGAGAUGAACGACUGGAAAAAGAUAGGACUGGGAUUGACUGGAUUUGGUGUCUUUUUCUCGUUUUUGGGAAUCAUUUUCUUCUUCGACAAGGGGCUACUUGCCAUUGGAAAUAUCCUAUUCAUCUCAGGAGUGAUAAUGACCAUCGGGAUCAAACCCUCCUUGCAAUUUUUCAUGAAACGCAGCAACUUUAAGGGCACAAUUUCUUUUGGUAUUGGCUUCUUCUUUGUCAUCAUUGGGUGGCCUGUAAUAGGAAUGGCCGCAGAGGCUUAUGGAUUCAUCAUCCUCUUCAGUGGCUUCUGGCCCACACUCUCAGUUUUUGUGCAGAAGAUACCUAUUAUCGGUUGGGUGUUUCAACAACCUUUCAUUAGAUCGAUCUUUGAUCGUUACCGCGGCAAAAGAGUGCCUGUAUAACUUGAAUCUGGGCUGCACCAACUUGUAACCCCUUUAAACAGUUUGGGUUCAAUCACUGACACUACGGUGGAACGUCAUCGGUCCGUCUAUGGGUUCUUACCGUACAAUUUUAACCUUUUUGCCUUGUUAAAUUAGAAUAUCAUUUUUUUUCUUCUGAAAACCUUGCCAAUUUGGUUGUGUAGGUUUUCUAGAUUUUCUUUCAUUUAUCUUUUUAGUUCCAAGACCAUCCAUGAACUUCAAUUUACAGGUUAUAAUGUUUUAGAUGUUUAUCUAGAUUCCUGGUUC